CGUGCGCUUCCUCGUCCCGGGGCACACCCCUGCCGUUGCUUGGGCUUGGGUCCCUGGCUCCUCGUCGUGGUCCUCGUCCACAUCCUCGUCGUCCCCUUUGCGUGGGCCCCCCUUCCCAUGGCCCUUUAAAGAGCCUCGCCGCCCGCGAGGCUCACACCCUGCCCCAGCGCCCCCUCUAGUCCUCCCUCAGCUUGCCUGUCGCUCUCUAAACGCUCCUGGUGAUCCCAUCGCCUAUCCGCUCCUUUGCGCGCCUCACGACUUCGCUUCUCCAGACACAAGCAACCUUUAGCAGCACCGUUAGCCCGUCUACCACACCGCUCGAACUCUCCGACAUCAUGAAGUACACCUCUGCCGUCCUGGCGGCAGCCGCCGCCACUGUCAACGCCGACAUGACCGCCUUCAACGAGGGCGGCAACUGGUUUGCUGGCCUGGCUGGUGUUUCCCAGAUCAAGUACGGCGGCCUCGAUAUCCCUGGUGCCUACCGUGCCGUCAGCAAGAUGACCGCCGACGGUGUCUGCGAGUUUGUCACCAAGCCAUACUCUGGCUCCAUUGCUCCCUUUGACGAGGAUUUGUCCAUGCACCUGCGUGGUCCUCUCAAGCUUGCCUCCGUUGCCGUGUACACGCCUGGCACCGGCAAGCGUGAUGUGCCCAAGCCUCACACCAAGCGCCACCAGCACGGCCACGCCCACCUCCACAAGAAGUCCGCUGAGGAGAAGCGUGCAGACAUGGUCACCGCCGUCAUUGACGGUGUGACGGUCUCUUGGGAGAACAACUGGUUCGGCGCCGCCGCUGCCCCUACUGAGGCGCCUGCCGCCGCCCCCGCCGCCGCCGCCCCUGCUGCUGUCGAUGCUGCUCCCCUUGCUGGUGCCCACAGCGCGCCCUCUGGCACUAUCAGCAGCGCUGGCUCGACCGACAGCGUCCCCGUCGGCAACUUCAAGCGUGUUGGCUACUACAGCGCCAAGGACAACAUCGCCGAAGGCCUGACCUUCCUCGCCAACAAGGGCGACCCCAAGGUUUCUGGCACCUGGGACACUGUCUGGGGCAGCAGUCUUGCGUAUGUCUCCGCCGAUGGCGAGUCCUGCUCCGCUGGUCCUACCGUCUUCAACGGUGACCUGUCCGACGGCAACGAGAUUGCCAUCUACUCUGACAUUGAGUGCGACGAGUCUUGCGGCGCUGUCCGCCCUGGCUCUGUUGCCUACAAGGCCUUUGCUGGUGCCGACAAGGCCUUCUUCUUCGAGUUCCAGAUGCCCGACACCGGUGCCACUGGCUGGAACAAGAACAUGCCCGCCAUCUGGGCCCUCAACGGCGCCAUUGCCCGUACCGGCCAGUACUCUUCUUGCAGCUGCUGGAAGGGUGACAACGCCAGCCCCAUCGAGGGUGGCUGCGGUGAGGCCGACAUCUUCGAGGUUCUUGCCUCUGGCGACAAGAAGGCCAAGUCGACCUUCCACUUCGCCAACGCCCUUGGCGACUCCCACUGGUUCGCCCGCCCCACCGACAAGACCAUCAAGAUCGCCGCCGUGUUCCAGUCCUCGACUUCCACGGCUACCAUCAAGGUCCUCGACGACAGCUUCGACUUCAGCACCAGCCUCACUGGCGCUCAGAUCGAGUCCAUUGUCGCCGACGAGGCCGACACCAACCUGUUCAGCUUCAUGUCCUUUGGCAAGAACUAGAAAGUCUGGCCACGGCCUGAUGAGGAGCGGGAGCGCGGAGCAGGGAGGCAGCGUUAUAUACAUAUGAGGAUGACAAUACCCUAUACAUACCCCUUAUAUACCUCAAGAGGAUGCCAUCAUAGGUCUGUUCUGCAGUGCUUUUUGGAUUUAUUCUACAUCAUUCUCUUC